AUGGGCCCAGGUGAGCUGCAGGCCAAGGUCAGGAAGCUGAUGACCACACCUGCACAGCCUGCAGUUCGAGCGGUGUCUACAUCCUUCAGAGACCAGCGCCCCUCGGUUCCGCCGCCGCCCCACGCCACAGAGGUGACGGACGAGGAACUGCUGACGUACAGGUCCUUCAGACUCUCCCGCUCCCGCUGGUGGAGAUGGAAGAGGAAGGAGAGGAAUGUGGAGCAGCCCGCAGCUCCCACUCCUGCUUCGGCUGAGGCCCGGUUGCCUGAGAGCUGGCGGACAGCUCUCACCGUGGAAGAGCAGGAGUGGAUCGGCCGGGAGCUGUUCCAGCCAGACAGCAAGGGGAGGACUAAACUCACCACGGACCUCAAGCUGUGGUGGGAUCCCCCUCAGCCCCGGCCGAGUUAUACUCAGCCACCCGCCUCACCAGCUGCCUUCUUCGCAUGUCGGCUGUUCCUCUGGACGCCCCCUGCGUCUGAGGACUACAGAGGACCAGAUGACCAGCCGGGGUACCUGGCCGUGGUCCAGUUGGCCACGGCCUUGGUGGGGUUGCGUUUCGAACCGGCCUUGUCCGAGGGGAGGGUAGAUGAGCUAAUCAGGCUCUACGAGGCCCUGUCAAAAUUCGACAGGGACCGAGUAGUUUACCCUCCCCGCUACAGGGACAGGCCAGCUCGGGGGCGCUUCAAGGCAGCGAAGCCUAGCCGCACCAGUAUACCUGGUGUGGAGAACAUGAGACGCUGCCUGGUCGGACAGACCUCUGGACCUGCCAGCAGUCCCAGUGCAAGCCGGCUGGUAGAGGCAGUGUGCAUCCAGCUCUGCCGCGUGUGCCCCUCAGGCACCCGUGUGAGCGGUGCCCGGCGGUCGCGGUGGGACAGCAUAACUGCUUCGGUACCAGCACAUCCGGGACCUUGUGCUGGGCCACCAGAGGCUGAUGGCUCGGGCGCCCAUCCAGCUCUAUGAGCUGAAUAGCAGGACCCUCUCGCUGUGGUUCACCAGGACGCAGCGGGAGAAGGAGAUGGCUGUGCUAGCUCCAGGCGUUGCAGCAGAGGGACGACCACCAGCGGUAGCGGGCUCGGCGGCGGCAGCGGUGGCGCCAGCGACAGCAACAGCGGCAGCGCCGGGCCAAGGAGCACCGGCGGUGGAUCGUCCUCCGGCAGCAGCAGCAACGGUGGUGCCUGCAGGCCAGGCGACGACAGCAGCGGCAAGGGCGGCGGUAACUCUGGCAGCAGCACCGGCUGUGGCAGCACCGGUGUCUGUGUGCAGACGGCUACUGGCGCCUUUACCGCCUGCCCCCUCAGCUGCUGUCCUGGCCGUACCACCAACAGCUGCUGCAGCAGCUGC